AGCAAGCAGGUCCUGUUUGCAGCGUGCCUUCCUGCACACCCUUCCCUGACUAUGCAACUGCUGUGUGGAAUGUUGCUCGCUCCCUCCCUUCUAUAUCUGUCUUCAGCAGCUCCAAGCUAUGUUUCUGUUUGCACAGUGAUACGUACGAAAGACAACUUUUCGCAGGCAGCGACCGUGGGGGGUUUAAUCGUUCAAAACAUAUUCAUCUGGAAACGAGGCUGAAGCUGCGACUUGAAGGCCGUGUGGCUGGACAAUAUAUUUAUACAUCUUACUGGAUCUGCGGGUGAAAAAAGGCUGCAAUGGGGGGGAUAAUGGUCAUAAAGUUGCCAAUGGAAUGAUCAGCCUCGCUGAAUAGCAAUUUAGGUCACAAGGUCUGAUUGGAGUUGUACCGUUGAUCUGUACCAGAAAGCAACAUAUUUUAUUACUCUGUACUGCUAUAUUAAUAUAGAAAAGCCAGGUAGCCACCAUCAAUUCUGCCACCUUUCAAUGCUGAAGACAAAUGCUGAAAAGUGUAAGGUAUUUGGAAUAAUAGACCCCCCGUUAAGGACAUCGUCUAAAAUAUACCAAAGACUGUAAUCUAAAGCACCCCCCCCAAAACGUCCUAAGGGAGGGAGAUCCCAUUGAAAUCUGACAAAAAAAACAAGCAAUUUUUUUGGCUUUUUCGGGGCAAGCAGCAGCGGCCGGCAGCAUGACGACCUCAGCCCUGCGACGGCAGGUCAAGAACAUUGUCCACAACUACUCGGAAGCAGAGAUCAAGGUGCGGGAGGCCACCUCCAAUGACCCCUGGGGACCGUCCAGCUCCCUUAUGUCCGAGAUCGGCGACCUGACCUUCAACGUGGUGGCCUUCACCGAGGUCAUGGGCAUGAUCUGGAAGCGGCUCAACGAUCACGGCAAGAACUGGCGCCACGUCUACAAAGCCCUGACCCUGCUGGACUACCUCAUCAAGACCGGCUCCGACAAGGUGGCCCACCAGUGCAAGGAGAACGUCUUCACCAUCCAGACCCUCAAGGACUUCCAGUUCGUAGACCGUGAUGGCAAGGAUCAGGGCAUCAACGUGCGGGAGAAGGCCAAGCAGCUGGUGGCCCUGAUGCGCGACGAGGAGAGACUCAAGCAAGAACGUGCCAACGCUCUGAAGACCAAGGAGCGCAUGUCCGCCGUGGCCACUGGGAUCAGUAGCAGCAGUAGCCAACAGGUCAGCUACCCCAGCCGCCGCUCCAGCCAGCCCACCAUGUCCUCGCUUUACGGAGAAGAGUUUGGGAGGUCACGGGGUUCCCCCACAUCUUAUAACUCCUCGUCCUCUUCGCCCCAUUUGAACUCUGACCUGGAACAGGCCCGCCCCCAGACCAGUGGGGAGGAGGAGCUACAGCUGCAGCUGGCGUUGGCCAUGAGCCGAGAGGAGUGUGAAAAGCCACAGCAGCCACCACUCUCCCCAGCAGUUGAAAUCGAUGAAGACACCGACCUGCAGAUUGCUCUGAGCCUCAGUAAGGAGCAACACGAGAAGGACAAGCGCUCAAGGCAAGGCGAUCAAUCUCUGCAGCAGAAGACCCUAGAGGAGAGCGGGUUGGAGAGUGAGGACACUGCUCUGCAGGGAGAGUCUGCCCUGCUCGAUCUGGUGGACAUUUUCGGCACCGUGUCUUCAGCACCCCCUGCUGAAGACCCGUGGAAUAUCACUGCGACUGACGGCAAUGACCCCUGGGCUGAGCCCCAGACCAGCCCUCCACCCCCAGCUCUGCCUGCCUCUGACCCCUGGGACACCUUCGGCGCGAGACCCGGCACUCCGGCUACAGGCAACUGGUCAGACCCGGCGACAGCAGUGUCCAGCGCCCCAUCGCCUCCCUGGCCCUCCAAACCCUGGGACUCCGGCCAGCCCCGUGCUGACCCCUGGAAGACUCCAGCCAGCGCCCCCAGCCCCACUCCCAAUGACCCCUGGGGCUCGCCUGCUCACACUGCAGGUGGCCCAGCGUUUGACCCUUUUGCAGAGCUGUCUGAGCCCAGGGAAGAGGAAGCUAGAGAGCUCAACGGGGCCGUCGCUCCUUCCUCCACCAAAUCCAGCAGCCCUGCAGAGCUGGACCUGUUUGGUGAGCUGUUUCCCAGCACCCAGAUUAAUGGAACAUCCAGUCCAGACACAUUGGACCUGAAGCGGCUGGGAGACUCGCUGGCAGAGUCCAGCCUGAGGAACUGCAGAACUCCUGAGUCCUUCCUGGACCCCAGCGCGGCCUCCCUCGUCAACCUGGACUCCCUUGUCCCUGCCAGAGCGCCCGUGAGCAAAAACCCCUUCCUGUCAGGAAGGCCCCAGGGCAGAGUGCAGGAAAUGGGCAAGCCCUGCUACACUCCGGAGACUAAUGGGGUGCACAGAGAGCAGCACAGCAGGUUUAUCACAGGGGGUCUGAGCACCCCCUCUCCCACUAACCCCUUCCACUCUGAGCAGCCUCGCCUCACCCUCAAUCAGAUGCGUACUCCGUCGGCCUCCCCCCAGCCUGGCUCCUUGUCCUACAGCACCUCCCUGCCUCUGCCGCUGAGCAGCCUUCCUGCAGCCAUGAUCCUGCCCUCCUCCCUCACCCAGCCGCCAGCCUCGGGAGCGCCCGCCUUCGCUCCUCCUCCGGGUCUCUUAGACAUCCCCGGCAACCUGCCUCAGCCCCUGCUGCCCAUGGCCCCGCAGCAGCCUGGGGCCACUGGCAGAAACCCCUUCCUAUGAACUAGCCUUGAGGCUUGACUUUACUGACCUGGGAUGGAUCGACUUCUUACCUGGACAAUCACGCAGCUUGGAGUUUUAUUUAUUUUAUUUUCUGCAUUUUAACGAGGCAUUUUACAAAGAACGCGCAAGGCAUGCCCCCCCCCCCCCCCCACACCUCUAGCCAGCCGCCCACCCCUGACAUAUUUCAUAUGAUGGUAUUUUAGGGCAGGGCAGUUAUUCUCUGUGCUCUUUCUGUGUAACCCACCAUGAUUUUAAUAGACAGAAAGGGCAGCACAUGAGAAUGUUGUUGAGUUAUUUAUUUCAGCUUCCUGAUAUAGCUGGCACUAUACUGAACCUUGCAAUGUGGCAAACAUUCCAGGGAUCUUCAGAUCCUCCCCCACCUUCGUCGGAUAAUCAGUUGGUUCCAGAAGGCUGACAGAACUGCUGCUGGUGUUUUUAGUAUUGACUCUGUUAGCAGUCCAGAAGGUUUUGGAUGUAAAUGGCACAAGAAAGAGUUUGCCUUUAACUGUAGAAUGACCCAUAUCUUAAAGAAAUGAUAUACCAAUAAACAAAAGAUUGUAUAUGCACAACUACAAUUUGGCAAUAAAUUAUCAAAAGGUUUUAUUCUA